AUGACAAGGGAAGGGAGUGUGGAAAGGAACCGAAAGGGGAUGCGAGGCGAGGAAGGGGACGGGGACGAGGAGAGGGAGGCAGGCCUCAAAGUAUCAUUGCAUCGGUGCGCAGUUGCCCACCCAGCCAGACGUAUGCAAUUUCGCCGAAUGUGGGGGGCGGAGCUGGCCGUGCGGCUCAAAAAGGGUGAUCGGAGCAGGAAGAGGGAAGAAGAAAAAGAAGAAGAAGACGAAGAAGAAGAAGAAGAAGGAAGAAGAGGGACGAAGAAGAAGAAGAAGACGAAGAAGAAGGGCGGAGCUGACCCUGCACCUCCGCACCAGGCCAGUGAGGGAGGCUGUCCCGCCCAGGAGGAUCAGGAGGGACUGGGAACGCACCCUACGCCAGGCUGGCCCAGCUAG